AUGGCUACCGAGCAGACCUUCAUUGCUAUCAAGCCCGAUGGCGUCCAGCGUGGCCUCGUUGGCCCCAUCAUCAGCCGCUUCGAGCAGCGCGGCUACAAGCUGGUGGCCCUGAAGCUUGUCUCCCCCAGUCAGGAGCACCUCGAGACUCACUACUCUGACCUCAAGGACAAGGCUUUCUUCCCUGGUCUGAUCAAGUACAUGGGCAGCGGCCCCAUCGUCGCCAUGGUCUGGGAGGGCACUGAUGCCGUCAAGACCGGCCGCACUCUUCUCGGUGCCACCAACCCCCUGAACUCGCUUCCCGGCACCAUCCGUGGCGACUUCGCCAUCACCACUGGCCGCAACGUCUGCCACGGCUCCGACAGCGUCGAGAACGCCAAGAAGGAGAUUGCUCUGUGGUUCAAGCCUGAGGACCUGAACACCUACAAGUCUGCUCAGUACGACUGGGUCUACGAGUAA